UUGGUUGAAGAGGAAGGUUUUUGUGAGGAUCUGGCGUUGAAACGAAAAGUAGCGUUGGAACGAGGAGGUAGGAAGAAGUCGUUGAGGGAGAAAACUUCGUUCGUGAAGAGGGAUUUAGACGCGAGAUAUCGCAGUGAGUCGUACAGAUGCAAAUUUUCGUUACCGUUCAAUGAGAAAUUGGAUGGUGACACCGUUUGUCGACUCUUUACACCGUACGAUAAAAGGCAUGUGCUUGGACGUCUCUAUGUUUCGGCGCAUUUCGUUUGUUUCACUUCAAGGAGAAAUUAA